AUAGCAAACAUCAAAGAGAGAGAGAGAGAGAGAGAGGGAAAGUGUAGGGAUAAAAAUGUUUUAUUAAAAAAAUAAAUAUUAUUUUCGAUCUGUUUUUUUUUUUUUUUUUUAUUAAAUAGAAAAAAAAUGUGAAAUGUCUUCCGCAUAAAAAUUUGAAGAAAAAGAGAGUGUUGAAAAAACAGUUUUUGUGUUUAAUAACGUGUUGUUAUUAAUAGUGUUAAAUGCGAGUUAAAAAUAAUUUUUUAGCGGCAUUUAUUGGCGUUUUUGUUUUCAAUUUUAGGAAAACAUAAAAUAAAAAAUAUGUCCACUAGCAAUAAUACAAAUUUAGCUAGAAAAUUGGAUAAUUUUAUUUUAAAACAAUGGCUUAAAGAAAUGGGACCACAACGAAGGCAGAAAUUUCUACAAAAGGUGAAAAAAGAUCUCGAAUUGAUUGGAUUAUCAAAAAGCGAAGUUUGUGGCGCUUUGAUUCAAUUGAUGUCAAGAUGUUCAGUGUCAAUGGAACGACUUCACAAAAAUUAUGAGAAUACAUAUUUAAAGAGGAUAUCGAAUCAUUCGAAAUCAAAAGUCAAGGAAAAUGUCAACGAUUCUAAAAUGGAUGUCAAUUUAUCAUCAUUAGAAAAGACGUCAAUCAAUUCAUUGACGUCUUUACCAACAACAUCGAGUUACAAUAAUUUCAUCGAUUUAACCACAAAUGAAAAGGACGCGAAAGAAGAAACAAAUUUUGCAAAUAACAAUUUACCGGUAAGAAAAAUUGUUACACAAACUAACAUUGAUUUAACGAAAAGUGAAAUUGAAAUAAAAGAAAAAUUAAUUUAUCAAAAUAAUUUACCAAAAAGAGAAAAUAUAACAAGAAAAAAAGAAGAAAAAAAUUCAUGUAAUUUAAAUUUUCAAAAAAAUUCAAACAAUGAAAAAAAUCCGUCUCUUAAUAAUAACAACAUUGAUGUAAAAUGUAAAAAAUCCUUUUCUUCAAAAUCCGCGGAACCAACGGCAAAAACAAGUAGUAAUUUUAAAAAAUUACACAAGAAAAAAUAUUUUAUUGAAAAAAAAUCGCGUAAAAUUCACAAGGCUGAUAAUGAUAAUGUUGAUAAUGAGAAAAAAAGAAAACGUGACAAAAGAAAAUCAAAAAGUGAAAAACGAAGAAAAAUUGAAAAUUUAACAAAAGAAACAAAAUCGACAAAUAGUACAAAACAUUCGUUAAUUGUUGAUAAAUUACAAAUGAAAAAAUUACAUAGAAAAAAGUAUUUAAUUAUUAAAAAGACUGCUGGGAAGAUAUCCAAAGGUAAUGAACAAAAUUUAGUAAUUAAGCCAAAAAUUGAUAGUGAAAAUAAUUCAUUGUCUCCUGAUGAUGGUAAUAAAAUUUCAUUGAAAUUAAAUCAAAGUUCCUCGAUGAAACAAGAAGACAAAGAAGAAAAAGAAGACGAAGAAGAUGAACAAAAAAAAGAAAAAAUUUCAGUUGAUGUGAAAAAAAUUAAAAUUCCCCCAAAAGAAAUUGCCCUUCAUCAAUUUCAUCAAAAAAGUGAAAUUUCCUCAAUUUCUAAUCAAAAGACUGAAAUUCCAGAUCAGAAAAAUAAUGAUAAGAUUUUAACGAAUAAAAUUUCCGUUAAUCAUCAAAAAUGUGAAGAAAUUCCUACGAUAAAAAUUUCCGUUAAUCCUCUAAAAAUUGAUUAUAAUUUUGCGAACGAAAAUUCCGUUAAUCUUGAAAAAAUUGAUGAAAAUUCAGCGAAAAAAAUUUCUGUUAAUUUACAAAAAAUUGAUGAAAUUUCCUCGAAGAAAGAUUCCGUUAAUCAACAAAAAAUUGAUGAUAUUACCGCGACAGAAAAUUCCGUUCAUCUUGAAAAAAUUGAUGAAAUUUCGGCAAAGGAAAUUUCCGUUAAUCUACAAAAACUUGAAAUUCCUACGAUAAAAAUUUCCGUUAAUUCUCAAAAAAUUGAUGAAAAUCCCAUGAAGAAAGUUUCCGUUAAUCAUCAAAAAAUUGAUGAAGUUCCCAUGAACGAAAAUUCUGUUCUUCUUGAAAAAAUUGAUGAAAAUUACGUGAAUAAAAUUUCCGUUAAUCAACAAAAAAUAGAUGAUAUUUCCGCGAACGAAAAUUCCGUUAAUCUUGAAAAAAUUGUUGAAAAUUCAGCGAAAAAAAUUUCUGUUAAUUUACAAAAAAUUGAUGAAAUUUCCUCGAAGAAAGAUUCCGUUAAUCAACAAAAAAUUGAUGAUAUUACCGCGACAGAAAAUUCCGUUCAUCUUGAAAAAAUUGAUGAAAUUUCGGCAAAGGAAAUUUCCAUUAAUCUACAAAAACUUGAAAUUCCUACGAUAAAAAUUUCCGUUAAUAAUCAAAAAAUUGAUGAAAAUUCCGUGAAUGAAAUUUCCAUUAAUCAUCAAAAAAUUGAUAAAGUUUCCAUGAACGAAAAUUUCGUUCAUCUUGAAAAAAUUAAUGAAAAUUCCUCGAAGAAAAUUUCCGUUCAUCAUCAAAAAAUUGAUGAAAUUUGCGCAAAAAAAAUUUCCGUUAAUCUACAAAAAGUUGAUGAAAUUUCAGCAAAGAAAAUUUUCGUUAAUCAUCAAAAAAUUGAUGAAAUUUCCGCGAAGAAAAUUACUGUUCAUCGUAGAAAAAUUGAUGAAAUUCUUGAAAACAAUAUUUCGGUUAAUUAUAAAAAAAAUUAUGAAACUUAUUCAAAUGAAAAUUCCGUACAUCUUGAAAAAAUUGAUAAAAUUUUUACUAAAGAACAUUCAAUUAUUUAUCAGAAAAAACGUGAAUCAAUUGAAAAUUAUCCAAAACGACGUGAAUUUAAAUCCUGUGAUUCGUACGAUUCAGGUGCGUAUGUUAGCGAUUAUUCGCCAUGUUUACGCGAUACCGAAAGUCCCGAUUCAACUGAAAUUGAAUGUCCAAUUGAUGAAAUUAAUUCCGAAUUAACUUCAAACGAACAAUGGAAAAUUAUAAAUAAAAAAUCCAAAAAUAUCAACGAAAAAUCAUUAUCUCAUCAAGAAUCUCAUUUACCCGAUAGUAGUACAAAUAUUUCCGAUUGUGAAUUAGAAAUAAUUGACGAGAAUUUAAUUAUUCCUAAACAGGAGGUGAAGAAAAUCCAAUCUGAAAAUUUAGUUAUUACAAUUGACAACGACGAAGAAGAAAAAGAGAAAAAUCUGCUUUCGAACAAAAAUAACGAUAUUUCCAUAGAAUCGAAGAAAAUUUCCAACAAGCUACGAAUUAGAAGUCACGAAAUUCUUCCUAAUAGUGAGAAAAUUAAUAUAAGCAGAGAUAAAAAUAACGAAAAUUUGAAGAGAAAACGCGAAAAGUCAGAUCAACAAUCGGAGGAGAUAAAAAAUUCAGAAGCAGAAAAAUUCGAUGAAGAUCUUCAUAAAACAAUGGAAAAUUUAAUACGUACCAAUGAGGAUUUAAGUCUAAUGAAACAUCUCACGAGAGAAGAUGUCGCGGUCGAAGAAUUUCAAAUUGAUACAGAAGAUUUGGCGAAAAAUAUCGAGAACUCUAGAAAAAAUCCUCAAAAUUCUCUCGGAGUUGAAAAUUUUGUAUUUGAUAACGAAAAUUUGGGGAAAAACACCAAAGAAACUAAAAAGAAUCCUCAAAAUCCUCUCACAGUAAAAGAAUUAGAAACUGGUAAAAAAGAUACUGAAGAAUCAAAAAAAAAUCCUCAAGAACUCAUCAAAAUACCUCAAAAUUCUGUCAGAGUUGAAGAAUUUGAAAAAAAUACCGAAGAAACUAGAAAGGAUCCUCAAAAUCCUGUCACAGCAAAAGAAUUGGAAAUUGACAAAAAAGAUUCGGGGAAAAAUCUUCAAAAUCCUGAAGUUGAAGUGGUAAUUAAUAAAGAAGAUUUCGGGAAAAACACCAAAGAAACUGUAAAUUCUCCAAUUCCGCACUGCAUUAAAGAAUUUGAAACCAACAAAGAAGAUUCGAAGAAAAAUACCAAAGAAUUAAGGAAUAAUCCUCAAAAUCUUUCGACAAAAGAAGAUUCAGCGACAAAAAUCCAAAAUCCAAAUUCUUCAAUACCAACUGUUGAACCCAAUUCAACGAUCAGUGAAAACACCGAAUCACCAGUUUUCGUUCAAAAAUUACGCGUCAAACAUCCAAGUGAACUUGGUUGUCCUCGAUGGUGUCCAACUCCAGUACAAGCGGAAGAACCGCCACUACAACCAGAAAAGCAACAACCACUACCACGACAGGAAAUUCUCCCCCAACAACCAAUGAAUUAUCCAUUGUCACAUAUGCAACAAAUAACUGAACGUUUACCUCCACCUUAUCCUAAUCUUCAAAUUCCAAAUUUUAGUCCUCGAAUAAUUCCAAUGUCAACGAAUCAUCCACUAACUUUAAAUAAUCCACAAUAUGGACCACCACCAACAAAUUAUUGGCAUCCACCUAAUAAUCCUCCGAGAAUUGUAAAUCCUCGUAAACCAACGCAAAAAUCUUCAAGACAAUAUCGUCUAAAUCCCACAACAUUGAGACCGCAAAUUUCCGCCAAAUCAUUGGACGAUACAUUAAGACCAUUAUUUGCAACUAAUUCAAUUGCACAUCAUCGUGCCGAAGAAGCUAAACGUGAUUUAUUGGCAUACGUUAAACCCCUCGUUACACCAUAUUCAACUGAGGGUUUCAAAAAAGCUCUCAAUGAUUUAACAAAAUUAUUACACGAAAUUUCACUGAAUACAAUUGCAUUACGUCAAAAAUAUUAUAAUCGUCCAUUGGGUAUGUGUUCACCUGACUUGAAACAACACAAUUUGCUUAUAAAUAAAAAUAUACAAAAUGUCGCCAAUUUCCUCAAGAUACCCUGCGAAGAACGUAAAAUGAAAUUUAUUUUAGAUUCCUAUUCAGCAAUGACAAGUAAUCCAAUGCUAGAGAAAGAGGAAUUGAAUUAUAUUAUUUGUUUGCGUUUACCGCAAUCGAAUCUCCUUCAACAAUUUCUCACCAAUUCCCAGAGUGCCUAUCCAAUACCAAUUCAAAGAAAUGUCAAUCAGCAAUUUGUUACCGAACCAAUUGUUUCCAACGAACGAAAUUUCAAUCAGCGAAUUGUUAACCAAGUGAUUGAUAAUCCUUUGACAAAUUCACCGGUGGUUCGGGAACAAUUUGGUCUAACUAGCGAGCAGUAUAAAAUAUUUCAAAAUCAAUGUCAAGACUACAGGAAGAUUAUCGAGAAGUAUGAAACAUGGACUAGGCAAAUGUUUUCGUUAAUGGAGAAAAAGGGACAGGAAAAGGAAAAUGAACCAAAAAAACCAGAAGAGGAAGAAGAAAUUAAGAUAAUUGGCGAGAGGUCAAUUGUCGCUGGAACUAAUUUAAGCCUCGAUGAAAUGAAUUUCAUUUUGGAAAAAUCGAAACUAACGGUUGAGAAUCUAAAAUCGAUUGUUGAGAAGUCUAUCACUGUUGUAAAACCCCCAACGAAUGUUGAGAAUCCAACAACUAGUGUCGUAGAGGAAUCUAGAGUCGAAAAUACACCUAGCGAUGAAACAACACCAAGUGGAGAAAAUACAUCCAGCGUCGAAAAUUCUACGAUUCAAAAUCAAUCUGAAAAUUCAACUGAUGGACCAGUUUCGGUUUCGAAUUCUACAGAAUCAGAGGAAGCCUCAGUUUCGAAUCAAGUAGUAACGACCGAUACGAAUCAAAUUUCCGUCAUUCAAAGAGAAAUUGAAACAAUUCCCAAAGUUAUGCCGGUGGAAACAACGGUCGCCGUGCCAGUUAUGAUACCAAUUACACUAACAUUAAUGGAUCAACCGCCAUUGCAAAUUCCUCCACCGAAUCCGUUGUCAACUGUCGUCAUAUCGCCGCAUCCGCAAUCCAAUGUCUUCCUCGGGUCAAAUCCCAUGAUGAUGCAAAACCAUCAGCCUUUAUUAUCAACCGUUGUCGUGCCAACAAACCAAACACCCGUGAUAUCAACUGUCAUGACACAAAAUCCCACGGUUGUCGUUCGACCAAGCCUAACAUCGCCAAUGGUAUCAACGGUCGUUGUCACUAGGAACCCACCUCAACCACCACCACCACCAAUUCCCGUCGUUGUCGAACGACAAAAUAUGUCACGAAAUUUUCGAACCAUUGUCUUCCCGACAGAAAGAACCAUAAAUUCUGGACAAAUUCCACCACCAGCGUUUACUAAUUCCAGUGUAACAAUUACAAAAAUGCUUCCCGGAAUGUCAAAACGUGCACCUAUCAUUGAUUCCGGUCCUACAAUCACAAGAGUCGUGUCAUCAAUAACUCAAUCCUACAUUAGUUCAGGAUAUACAACUAACGUUGCGAAUUUACCACCAGGAAGUCUUUCUAGCUCACCAUUAGUGACUUCUACUGAAGCGAAAAAUCAAUCACCAGUGAUGACUAUUGGUGCCGCAUCGAUAACACCAAGACGCCGACCAUCACUAACUAUUCCGCGAAUACUAAUGCAACCAGUGACGCGAAACGUUAGUCCAAAUUUACCACCAGUAUCAUCUACUCAUCCACCGGUGUCUCCUACCUACGUUCCAAGGAUAAAUCCGCCAAUCGUUAGACUGGCGCGAUCAUCACCGAAUUCUACUAUCUCAUUGGGAAAAAAUCUAUCGGCAACAAUUCCUACGGCGGGGAAAAAUCCCUCAUCAACGAUUUCUACAACUUUAUCAAGAUCGUCACCAGUAACGAUUACCAGUGUCUCGCGGAUAAAUUCAUCGGUGCCGCCGGAGAAUUUAUCGUUCGGGACUUCUACUGUGAAUAACACUCCGACUCAAGGAAUAAGUCCAUUACUAACUUCUACCGAAGUUCCAAGGAUAAAUCCAUCAUCAGUGUCGCCUAAUAUUUCGCUGACAAAUUCCUUAGCGACUUCUUUUGCCACGCCGCAAAAAAUUCCAUCACCAGGGAUUUCUACCAUUACUCUUCGACUUUCGCCAACGAUUUCUAAAGCUACCGAAUUGACAAAAACAUCACCAGUAAUAAUUACCAGCGUCUCGAGGAUAAGUUCAUCAGUUUCGACGGUCUCUGCCGUUAUUUCGGAGAAAAAUCCAUCUCCAGUGAUAUCUACCGUUACCUCGGGAAAAAAUCAAUCGUCAACGACUUCUAUGCCAACGAUAUCUAGUGACGCUAACCUGACAAACGUUUCGGGAACAAAUUCAUCAGCUUCUAUUACUACACGGCGAAAAGAUCCAUCGCCAGCGACUUCUACCGAAGUUUCUACAAAUUCAUCAACUGUUACACCGCGAAAAGAUUCGUUAGCUAUUUCAACCGAUGUUUUUAGUACAAAUUCUACUGUUCCAGAAAAAAAUCCAUCGCCAGCGAUUUCUACCGAAACAAAUCCAACGUCUUCUGGCAUUUCGCAGAUAAAACCCACCACUGAAUCGCAAUCAGAGACACCUGAUGUACUUUCGAUGCCAGUAAUUAUCGACGAAAUUCCCAACAAAAUGUCUUCCAAUCGGGAUAAUUUUUCUAUUCUAAAUUCCGAUAUGCCGACAAUCUCCAAUGAGACGAGAAAUCUCUCUCCCAACAGAGCAACUUCCGAUAUGCCAAUAAUCACCGCUAUCACUCCGGAGAAAAAAACAUCCUCAAACAAUACUUCUCCUAUUUCCGAAAAAAAUCUUCCACUACUACCAAGCACAUCAAGUCGACAAUUCAUUCAAUCGUUAAACCGUAAUAACGAAUUAUUGAUGCGUAAAAGAUCGUCAUUCCCUCCAAGAGUUGUUCCCCUAUCGAUUGUGUCAAAUAAAAGUAAAUCCAACGAAAUGCCACAUCAAAUCAAGAAAUUUUCUCCAAUAAUCGCUGGGACAAAAUCGUUGGAGGACGUGCAAAAAGAAAAUAGCGCACAAUCUUCUGAGGAAACUCAGAAGAAGGGAGAAAAAGAAUCUCUUAAGCCAACAACAUCAAUGUAUGACUACACGCCAAGACGUGGACCUAGAAAACGAAUAGCGCACAAACGUCAAUCAUCAACAAAUGAAAAAGUGGACGAUCCAAAAAUACCAAGAACGCAAUCUAUUGCUGAGAAGAGUCCACAGAAAGAUGGGAAUGAUCAAAAACAUUCUAAUCAAAAGGAGCAAAAACGUCGUUCAUCCACAAUAGACGAAGGUCACUCUCCAAAGUACGCACGAAUUGAAACGGCUUCUGAGAAGGAAGCGCAAUUGCGAAAAAAAUGGCUAGCAUCACUUGUGCAGAGUGAUGCGCAAGUAAGGGAAAUUUUGUCAGUGCCAAAUGUGACAGAAUCUCCUGCGCAGAAGGAUACGCAAAAAGAUAGACAUGCGCAGAAGAAUUGGUCAACGCCAAAAGAGAGAAAUUCGCCGAAAAACAUCACAUUGCUUGCGCACAAGGAUGCGCAAAGAGAUAAGCAUGCGCAGAAUAGAUGGUCAGUGUCAAAACAGACGGAAUCUCCUGUGCAGAAGGAUGCGCAAAAAAAUAGACAUGAGCACAGGAGUAGAUCAACGUCAAAAGAGACAAAUUCGCCGAAAAACAUCACAUCGCUUGCGCAGAAGGAUGCGCAAAGAGAUAAACAUGCGCAGAAGAACAGGUCAGCAUCCAAAGAGACGAAUUCUCCUGCGCAGAAGGAAGCGCAAAAAGAUAGACAUGCGCAGAAGCGUUGGUCAGCGUCAAAUGAGGCAGAAUCUCCUGCGCAGAAGCAUGCGCAAAAAGAUAGACAUGCGCAGAAGAGUAGAUCAGCGUCAACAGAGACAAAGUCACCGAAAAACAUCACAAAAUCAAAUAUAACGUAUGAUAAUAAAGAAAAGAAUGAGCAUACAAGGAAGAGUACUUCAAAAGAAACGACUUCGCCACAAAACGCACAAACUAAAUCGCGUACAUCAAAUUUUGUCGAACACUUGGGAGGAAAAUUACAAAAUUUUACCAAUGAACCGUCAUCAUCAUCAUCAUCAUCAUCAUCAUCAUCAUCAUCAUCAUCAUCAUCAUCAUCAUCAUUAUCAGUUGAAAAUCAGUCGAAUAUGAAGACAAUUAAACAUUCCCCUGUCAAUGAGGUUCAAAAUUCGAACACAUUGUCAAGUGAUGUUAAAAAUGAAUUAUCCGACGAUUCAACAAAUGACGAAGAAAAGUAUUUUUGUUUUCAAUGUAAAAAAGAUGGAAUUUGCGCUUGCGAAAAUUGCCAAGAGGCAUUUUAUUGUUCGAAAGAAUGUCAGGAACGUCAUUGGAAAGAAGUACAUUAUAAAACUUGUAAAGCAAAGAAAUGAUAAAUAGCCCUUAUUGUUUUCCCUCCAUUUUUUUUCGUCUAAGUGUUUUUUUUUUGUCAAUUAAAAACCUCUAAAAUAUGUUAAAGGCAGAAAAGAAAUUAAAUUAAAAUAGAUUUUAAAAGUACAAAAAAAAUAUAUAUAUAAAGAAAAAUAUAAAUAUAUUUUAUAUAUAUAUAUAUAUAUAUUUAUAUAUAGUGUUGAAAAAGUUCCUUAAAAAAAAGAGUUUAAUAAUAAAUAAAUAGAAGUCGUUAAAUUAUAGUUUAGUGAUAAAAUUCUGUUUUUUGUUUUUUAAAAAGAAACUUUUUAAACACUCGAUAUAAAUAAGAGAUUUAUGCAAAACAAAGAAAAAUAUAGGAAAUAGAAAUUCAUUUUCAAUAAGACAAUGUUUCUUUUGACGUAUUAUUAUUAUAAGUGAGAAAACAAAGUCAUUGUUAAACUAAAAUAGAAAAAUAAGAGCAUUCACUAUAAUUUGUGCCAUAAUUGUUACUAGUGUUUAGAAAUUAAAAACAAAGAGCCAGUAUUUAGAUUCUAACGAACAAAUAACACGCUUUUUCUUGUAACUUUACGAAAUUUCGAAUUAUAAAAAUAUUAUUUACUUGCGUUAAGGAUAAAAUGUUACCUAUACAAUUUUUGUAAUUUGUAAUUAUUAUUAUUAUUAUUAUUGCUAUUUUUUUAUUAUUAUUAUUGUCAUUUUUUUAAUUAUAUAUUUCAUUAUAUUUAUGUUGAAACUUAAGUAUUAAUAAUGUUAAAAGAAAAAAAUGAAAAAAUUUGUAAUCUUAAAAUAACGUAAAUACGAUUAUGUGGAUAGCGAAUUUUUUCAUAAAACACCAAAAUAAUAAGUUCCUAAACAAUAAGUUAUUAGUUUAUACUCUUUUUUUAUACGUUCCAUGAAAUUUUCAAUUUUUAUACGAAAAAUAUAGUAAGAAAAAUAAAUACAAAUUGUUCUUGUACUUUGAAACAAAA